AUGCAGCUGAGGAUUUUUUGCGUAAGAUUAUUUUUGUUCUGUUUAUUUAUAAUUGCUCUCCGAUUUGCAUACAUUGUGACCCUCCGAGUGGAAUUAUGUGACCACGGAGACUUUUGUUUCUUUUCGUUGCCGGAAAAUAUCGAUGUUGUUAAGGACAUCGGGAAACUGGUCAAACCCUCCUCGGCGAUUACCUCCACCAAUGGAAUGUCGGCGCCGGCGAUGCCCAAGAAGCUGCCGGAACUCUGGGCCAUCGAGGGUUUCCAGAAGGUCGUUCGUUUCUAUUCCUCGAUAUUCCAAGGUCUGAUUUAUGAGGGCUUCUUGAGCCCAAGUUAUAAGGUCCUUUGCGUCGAAACACAGACGGGUGCUGACGUUUUCGCGUUGAAAGAGAUUGGGGUGGAGGAUUCGAUAGGGAUUUUCAAGAAAGCAUUCAAGCCUCUGGUAAUUUCGGGGCAGGGUUUUAAGCAACCCUUCAAGAAUAGUACUUUUGAUUUUGUGUUUUCCGGUGGUGGUAUGAUUGAGAAGUCUGCGAAGUUGGCAGAUUUUGCCAUUGAAAUUUCCCGGACCCUGAAACACGAAGGGUUUCUCGUGGUCCAUACGGGCACGAAAGAUGAGUACAGUCUCAAUUCAUUUCUUGAUUUGUUUCCCUUUUGUAAAUUGGAAAAAACUAGGGACAUAGAUGGGAUUGAUUCCCAAAUGCCAUUUAUUCGUGAAAUUGUCAUGAAAAAAGUGAGUGGAUAUGGAAAUAUCAAACAGUUUUUUGACUAUGGGAUGGAAAACCUCGGCGUUGAUUUUGUGACUAAAUGCUCAGUUCCGGGGUAUAAACAAGAAUUGAUCCAUAAAGCAGAGCCUCUAAUAGAGGAAGAACCAAAGAAGCCUUGGAUUACUUUUAAGAAGAAUAUAAAGAAUGUAAAGUACUUGCCUUCAAUGGCUGAUAUAAGUUUUAAACAGAGGUAUGUGUAUGUUGAUGUUGGAGCUAGAAGCUAUGGAUCGAGCAUUGUUAGUUGGUUUAAGAAGCAAUAUCCAAAGCAAAACAAGACUUUUGAAAUAUAUGCAAUUGAGGCUGAUAAGACAUUUUAUGAUGACUAUAAGUACAAGAAAGGGGUCACAUUGUUGCCCUACGCAGCAUGGGUGAGGAAUGAGACCCUGUUUUUCGAGAUUAAUAAUCAAGACCCCAGUCAUAAAAAUGUGAAGAAAGGUAGAGGGAUGGGGAGGAUUCAACCAGUUCAGUCUUCAGGCGGUUCUAGUUCUUCUGCGUACGUGGAUGAGAUUCAGGGAUUUGAUUUUGCUGAAUGGUUGAAGAAUUCAGUGUCGGAGAGGGACUAUGUGGUUAUGAAGAUGGAUGUAGAAGGGACUGAAUUUGAUUUGAUUCCCAGGUUGUUUGAAACUGGAGCAAUAUGCUUGAUUGAUGAAAUCUUUCUGGAAUGCCACUACAAUAGGUGGCAGAAAUGUUGCCCGGGGGAGAGAACUGCUAAGUACCAGAGAACAUAUGGGCAAUGCUUGGAUCUGUUUUCUUCUCUAAGAGAUAGCGGAGUUCUAGUGCAUCAAUGGUGGUGA